GCAAGUCAGCACAUUUAUCCGUGAGGAGCUAGGCUAACUGGGCUAGCGUCAGCCACACGGCAGCACCACCCACCGUGCUUGGGCUACAGAACCGUCACCCCUUGUUAGCUCAGCGUCCUUAAGCUAAAAAUUCCGGUGAUAGCUGCCUUCAUAAAUUGAUUUCUAGCUUUUUUCUACGUGUGUACACAUAUUUAUACACACACAAACUGAUUCGGUCUCUGAAGUAACCAGGAAAAGCCAGAACGUCAGCAACUGCUUGCACCAGGACUGACGGCAGAUUUUCUUUUUGCAGAAACCCCUUCUGUCCCCAGGAUGUGAAUGGAGUCACAGUAUCUGAAGAGAUGCUUGGGAAGUUGCUUGACAAAGGGCCUGGCAGAGAUUGUAGAGCAUCGGCCAGCAGAUCCAAUAGAGUAUCUGGCACGUUGGAUUUACAAUUACAGAAGAAUCUUAGAUGAAGAAAAAAAGAGAAUGUUGGAGAGGAUUGAGCUGGAAAAAGAACGGGAGGCAGCUCUGGCAGAACUCGAAAUGUUAAGGAAAAUGAAGGAAGAAGAGUUAAUGAUCCAGGAGAAACUUGAAGAACAGCGUCAGAGCCAGUUGGAACAAAAACGCAAGGAGUUGGAACUGCAGAAGGAAGAAGAAAAAAUGCCGUUGCAACAGCAAGAUCAAGAGGAAAAUGAAACUAUGAUAGCUGAACUUACAGAUACACCUGAAGUGCCUGACUUGACCGAAGUUGAGGAGGUAGAUGAGAGUAGUCAGAUUCAGAGUAUAACAGAUGUCCCAGCAGAGUCAGAAGAAGAGAAUUCCUAACUGAUCUGAAAGCAGUAAAUAUUUUCCACUUGUUACUUGCUGAUCCAGAAGUGUAAUGUCUUCAUUUAUGUAUUUUAUAUACUGAAGUGAUUUACAUGCCUGUUGUUUCAAUUUCUGUACUUUCUGACUGUUUGCAUAAAGUCUGUUAAUUCUGGCA